AUGGAGUCCGACGCUGCCUCGUACAACGACCUGACCGCGCAGCCAGCGCAGGUGAAGGCCGACGACCCGCAGGAGGCCCACGCCGCGGACAACCGCUCCCAGGCCCCGGCUCCGACGAGCUGUGUCGUCUACGGCAACGAGCACGUGGACCUCAGGGGCGUCGUCACCGACGAGGCAUGUCUUGCUGCGCCCGAGGAAUUUUUCGGCGGCGAGAACAACAUCAACGGGAGUUUUCAUAAGAUUGGCGAGCAUUGGAUUGUCAAAAGCGGGGCAGUUCAGAUACAGGCCACCACUGGGUUCUUGAACAAUGUUGCAGACCUCAUCGUCGUCAAGGAGCUCGCCUUGGCGAGCCCCUUUUGGGAUGGGCAGGCCCUCCACAUUACGGCGACCGAGGCAUCAUGGCAUUCAGGCCACAAGGAUGUAGAGAUCAUCCCUGGUUUCCCAGACGCUUGGUCGAACGAGGACAACUCGAUCCAAGUGGUGGCGGACAGCACAGGGCAACUCCUGCAGCCUGAUCGUUGGAACUUGCCUUUUCAUUGUGUGCACUUGAGGCUGCCACUCGGAGUGCACAUGCAGAUCAACAGGUGGUCGGAUCCUGCCGAAGGUUUCUUCCUUGAUUUCCGAGUCACAAUGUCCGUGGAGCCCGGUCAGCGAGUGACGCACCAGCUCCUGGUCAGAUCGUGCGCUAAGCAUGGCUUCAGCAUCAGGUGCCGCAGGUUGGCCCGUCUUUCCUGGCACGCCUUGCCGCUCAUGAUGUGGACAAAGGCGAUUUUUAUGCAGUGGUCAACGGAGGCGCAGAUGCAGACGGCCUUCAACAAGGUUACGAAGAUCACCGCGCACCUGUCGCGGCGAGCGGCCCUCGACCACGGAGUCCCGCCUCACUUUUUUCAUGGCAAUAGGCUCGCCGACGAGUGGGUCAAGAAGGGUGCCAAGGCGCACCCGAUGAACUUCCACGUGAGAGAUAGGAUCAGGUACCAUCGGGAUCAGGUGACUCUCCUGGCCAGGUGUUUGACGGAGGUGAUGAAGUUUGUGCACAGGUUGGGGUACCCUGACGUGGAAGCCAUCAAGGAGCGCUCGACCGGGAGCCAGCGGCCUCCACCGGGAGCCGUGGAGCGCAUCUUCUCCGCCCACGUGCUGGACAGGUGCCCGCUGUGCUCCGGGUCCUUCUCGGCGGGCGGCGCGGCCCGCUCGGCUGCGUGCGCCCAGGGGCCGCCUCUGGUGGACGGCGGCCUGUAG